GCAAUACUGCGAUACUGCUCGCUGCGGGCAUUAGCAAAAACAUAGAGAGAGUAGAUAGAUGCAAACAUGGUUUUAUAGCGCAAAUCAAAUACAAUCGCACUGGACAUCUGGGAACUUGAACCAUCGACCUGCCAGAGGCAAAGGCUCUCCCGUAAGGUUAGCCUGGGUAGCUAGGGAAACACAAUGGCGUAUGGCUGGAACGGAUGCGGAAUGGGCGUGCAGGUGAACGGAAGCAACGGCGCCAUAGGCUUAUCCUCGAAGUAUUCCCGCAACACGGAGCUGCGACGCGUCGAGGACAAUGACAUUUACCGGCUUGCCAAAAUACUAGACGAGAACUCAUGCUGGCGCAAACUGAUGUCGAUCAUACCCAAGGGCAUGGAUGUGCAGGCCUGCAGCGGAGCCGGAUGCUUAAAUUUUCCGGCGGAAAUCAAAAAGGGAUUUAAGUACACUGCGCAGGACGUGUUCCAGAUUGACGAGGCUGCGAACCGACUACCGCCGGACCAAAGCAAGUCCCAGAUGAUGAUCGACGAGUGGAAGACCUCUGGCAAGCUCAACGAGCGGCCCACGGUUGGGGUGUUGCUCCAACUUCUGGUGCAGGCAGAGCUCUUCAGUGCGGCAGACUUUGUGGCACUAGACUUCCUAAACGAGUCCACCCCUGCUCGGCCCGUUGACGGUCCCGGUGCGCUCAUAAGCCUUGAGCUGCUGGAAGAGGAAAUGGAAGUGGACAACGAGGGGCUGAGCCUUAAAUACCAGCCAAGCACUGCCACUCUUGGGGCGGCCGCUCAAGGUAGCGUUGGCCUGAACCUGGACAACUUUGAAAAAGACAUUGUGAGGCGGGACAAGAGUGUGCCGCAGCCGUCAGGAAACACCCCUCCCAUAGCGCCACCUCGACGACAGCCAAGGAGUACUACUAACUCCAACUUUGCCACAUUGACAGGCACCGGGAUCACGUCGACGACCAUCCCGAAUGUGCCCAAUCUGACAAUUCUCAAUCCCAGCGAACAAAUUCAAGAGCCAGUGCUGCAGCCACGACCGCUGAACAUCCCCGAUCUGUCUAUACUUAUUGCGAACUCUGGUGAUUUGGGGGCAACUGUGUCGGACAACCCAAGCAACAGAACUAGCUCAACGGAUCCGCCAAACAUUCCGCGAAUCACUCUUUUAAUUGAUAAUUCUGGAGAUGUAAGCUCUCGACCAAAUCACGCUCCAGCGAAAGCUCCAACGGCUACCACAUCAACGGUGUGCUCGAACAACUUGCCAAUGAUAAGCGCCUUGAACAUAAGUAAAGACAGCAGGGAGACUUUGCGUCCUGAGAGCAGAAGCAGCUCCAUCAGCUUGAGCAAAGAUGAUGACGAUGAUAACGAUGGUGAGGAGGAUGGAGAGGAAGAGUACCCAGAUGCCUUCUUGCCAAACCUGAGUAACUCAGAGCAGCAGAACUCAAACAAUGACUCCAGCCUGACAACGGUUACUGGCACCAGCGGUGAUAACAGCUUUGAGCUGACCAACGACUCCAGCUCCACCUCAAACGACGAUUACGCUUGCAACAUUCCAGACUUGAGUGAGCUGCAGCAAUAGAUAAAAGCACCGCCCAUCGGAGCGGAGAUGACAUUCCGUUCGAUAACUUA